UUCUUUUAAUUUUCCACGUCAAAACACCAUUCAUUCAAAGUAAUUCUCACCACGUUCAAAGCACCAACUUCUCCAUUGGCAGCUGACCAAACACACACACUUAUUAUAAAAGCCACUCCAUUCUCAUAUUCUUCAAACAAAUAGCUUUCUCUUACAGUCUUACUUCACUAAAAUUCCUAUUCUUCACUUUGAUAAUAUUUCAUUUCACCAAAAAUAUCAUCUUUAAACCAUAAACAUGACUUUCAUGAUACCUGAAUUCAUCCAUUACUUCUUCUCCCAAAUAAUAUUCAACAUGAUCAUGUACACCCAAAUAGGGUUUUUCUUGGAUGAUUCCAAUAUUCAAGUUGAAAAGAAGCACCAACAACCCAAAUUGUCAAAAAGAUCACCUUCAUUUAAAUACAGAAGCAUGCAAGAACAUGAAGUUAAGAUGGUGAUGGGGAAUUUGGGGAUUUUUUGCAAUUCCAAAGGUGAGAACUUCCCAAAAACUUUAAGUUCGGAUGAUCUUUUUAACAUGUUUGAACAAGAACAACCGAGACUGGAUGAAGUGAAGGAAGCUUUUGAUGUGUUUGAUGAGAAUAAAGAUGGGUAUAUUGAUGCAAGAGAGUUGAAGAGAGUUCUUUCUGCUUUGGGAUUGACUGGAAAAGUAAACAUGGAUGACUGCAAGAAGAUGAUUAGAGUGUUUGAUUAUGACAAUGAUGGUAGAAUAGAUUUUGAUGAGUUUGUGAAAUUUAUGGAAGGCACGUUCUGUUGAAUUAAAUUCGUCCUGUUCGGUACAUUUUUUUGAUAAAGGGCGAAAUAAAAAGGUUAAACGAAUAUAUAUAUAUUCUGGCAUUACUAUAUAUAGAAUGAGUAUGUCGGUUCAUUUUAUGAAGACACAACUAAAGAGAUAUGACAAACCCUCUAACUUCAAAAAACUGAGAACUGUGAUCGACUCAAAAACGCUUUUCAAAUAUUAGAUAGUGGUACUCUCUAAUUAUUCCUGCCACUGCUUUCUUUUCUUCUUUUCAAAGCCAUCUCAAGCAGUAAAAGUUUAUGCUCUUGUAUCCUAGAAGACAAGUGAGUUCUCUUAGAAAAUUCAAAAUCUACUAAUACACAAACUCUAACUGUUCUACUUUGUUUAAUUGUUGUAGUCAAAUUCGCUGUCGAAGAACUACUCGUUGAAGAAUCCGGUUUAGAUAGUCUAUGUUUAAGAUUUAUUUUAUACUUCUGUUAAUUUGUUUAUACACAAAAUUUUACUAGAAUUUUCUAUACAAAUUAAGAGUCUUGAAUAGUUA